AAGCAACAACCUACUCUCCUUCCUGUUCUUCCUCCCCCCCUCCUUUACAAAAAUCUUGUUUACACUUUCCCUCAAACCAGGUAAGCUUUCGCCGUAAGAAAAUCCCAUCAACCAUAGACCACUCUUCUAUGGUUCGACCGACCCUCCCCCCAUCCCCAAUCGGGUUUUCUCUAUUCCCUCAGCUCCGUUCUCCAUCUCCGACUACUAGUACUUAGUAGUAGUCUAACUAUCAACGUGGCUUCCGCGCAAUCACACCCUUCCGUCAUCGCACCAACAACGCUCACUCACUCACUCACUCACUCACUUCCCCUUCCUCUCUCUCUUUACUACUACCACUACUCAACAAAGAAAAACAAACAAAAGUACCUUACUCUGUUCAAUUACUUACCUCUUCGUCACCAAUCAACCAGUCCAAUUCCUCCCUGAAGCGCUAAAUAACAACAACCUAAUACCUACUACUACCUACCCUCCACAAUGAUCACCGACGACGAACUCCACCGUCUGGCCGUCUUCCUCGGCUCCUGCGCCAUGAUGAUGAUCGUGCUUUACCACUUCCUCGAGGUCAAUCAGAAAGAAGAUGACGAGGAGGUUGACGUCAAAAACAACAGCAGCAACAGCAAGCAACAAUCUACGGGCGCGUCGUCGUCGGCUGGUUCGACUACUACUACUGCGUGAAUUUGAUUUGAUUUGAUUUGAUUCGGUAUGGACUUGGACUCGGAAUUGAAAUUGCAGGGGCAGUGUCGUUAUUAUAAUUGUCGGUUGAUUGUUGAUUGAUCGAUUGAUGGAUUUGGCCUUGGGAAUGCGGUUUGGUUUCCGACUUUGCGAUACAAACUACUACAUGUAUGGUCGAUUGUUCCUGAGCGCGCGCAAAAGGAGACAGACAAACAGACAGACAGACAGACAAGGGGGGGGGGGAAUGGAUCAUGGCGAAAGUGUGGUGGAUCAGAA